CAUUUUUAGAAAGAGCUAAUUACUAUGGGAGAGAGGAAUGAAUAGAAAAAAAAAAGGAUUUAAAGAUUGCACAAGACGGGAAAAUUUUACUUUGACUUGUUGCACGUAACAAUACACUUACAAACAGCAACUUGGCGCGAGUAGUAAAAGUUAAUUGACGAAAAGCCAAAAACAACAAAAAAAAAAGAAAACAAAAUGGUUUCAUUUUGCUGUGAAGUUUGUCAAGAUAUUAUCAAGAAACCAAAACUUGACCAACAUCGUUCUCGUUGUCAAGGAGCGUAUUUUACUUGCAUUGAUUGCAAUACAACUUUUCAAGGGACCGAUUAUCGUUCCCAUUCGUCUUGCAUGACAGAGGCACAACGGUAUCAAAAGGGCCUUUAUCGUCCUACAAAGAAAGAAUUAAAGAAGAUGAAUCAGGAAAAUGGAACUGUGAACACGAAUACUACUACGGGUAAAGCCAAAGAAACAUCGGAAACCAGUGAAAAAGAGCAAACUUCUUCUCCGACCUCAAAAAAGCGUUCCAAUUCUCCUGAGGAGUCUGGAGAGGAAAAAGACAAUAAGAAGAAGAAGUCGUCUUCUAAAAACAAGAAGUCAUCUCCAGUUGAACAGAUGCUUUCGUUAUGCCAAAAGGACGAAAAUGAAUCUCUUUACAAGCUUUUGAAAAAGCACAACAAAAACGCUUCUAAAAAUGAAACUUUAGAAGCCAAGGAUGUCUUGAAGCAACUCCAAGUAUGUAAAAAUGCCGAUGGUGUUUUCAAUCUCAAGGCAGGAUCUACAGACUAGAGAGAGCUACGAAAAAGAAAAGCAACAGUGCAAACCCAUGAGACGAUGCAUUCCAUUGGAUUGGGUCGGGUAUUCAGCUUGGAAUUCUAGGAAAAAUAGAUUAAAUUGGAUUGGAAUGGACUGGACUGGAAUAGGUAGGUUAAUUUGAUUUGAUUAGAAUGGAAUUGAAUAGAAUAGAUUGUUGUUGAACAACAGGAUUACCACGUUUUGUUUUUAUUCUUGUUUUCCAUUCGUAAAAUUCAUUGAAAAAUGUGUGUCUGCUCACUGGUGUAUCUGCUGCGUUUUUACGAAAAGAAGCUAGCUAAUCUAUACUUCCCACAUGAUGAUUUCUUUGCUAAACAAACAAGGAAACCUCUACAAAUGAUUUUUGAUACAUAUAUAUUUCUACAAAUGGAAUCAAAAGUUUUAGACAAAAAAAAAAGAUCAUUUUCGAUUUAUACAUAAUAAAUAACAUCAACAGUGGACAAGAUAUAUAAA